AUGGCCACCCCGCAGAAAUCUGUGAGCUUUUCCCUUAUGGGGAUUCUGGCUGCCAGUUGUCUUCUCGUUGCUCUGUCGGUGCAGGAAGGAGCAGCUGUGCCUCUUAGGUCUCACUGCAGGCUUGACAAGUCUGACUUCCAGCAGCCUUAUAUCACCAACUAUACCUUCAGGCUGGCUGAGGAGGCUAGUAUGGCAGAUAACAACACAGAUGUUCGUCUCAUAUCUAUGGAGAAACUGUUCCGCGGAGUCAAGAUGAGCGAGCGCUGCUAUGUUAUGAAGCAGGUGCUGAACUUUACCAUUGAAGAAGCGCUGCUUCCCCAGUCCGAUAGAUUCCAGCCCUAUAUGCAGGAGGUGGUGUCCUUCCUGGUGAAGCUCAACAACAAGCUAAGCCAAUGUCAUAUCGAAAAUGGUGAGCAGCGUAUCCACAGAAAUGUGCAACAUCUGAAGGACACAGUGAAAACGCUUGGAGAGAGUGGGGAGAUCAAAGCAAUUGGAGAAGUAAAUUUGCUGUUUGUGUUCCUGAGAGAUGCCUGCAUUUGA